UUUCCCUAAAAAUUCCCUAACUAGAAAUUGGAUUCUCUCUCUCCUAAUGAGUCCGAGCCACGGUAUCAUCACCAUCUUCUUCUACCUCAUUCUCCUCCUGGUCUCAAGUGUCGAUGCCUUCACGAGACAAAGCACGUACAUAAAUUACAUGAAUCAAUUUUUGGCUCCUCAAAAUGCAGCUCGAUCCGCCCUGCGCAUGCAACCAUUGGCAUGGGACGUGAAAUUGGCGCGUUAUGCAAAGUGGUAUGCCAACCAAAGGCGAUUCGACUGUGAUUUGAAGCAUUCCAAUGGACCUUAUGGGGAGAACAUUUUUUGGGGGAGUGGCAACAACUGGACCCCGGCUCAGGCGUCUGCGGCGUGGGUUUCGGAGCGAAAGUGGUACAAUUAUGGGUCCAAUUCAUGUACUGGUGGACAAGAAUGUGGGCAUUACACACAGAUUGUGUGGAGCAGUACAAGGAGAGUUGGGUGUGCCCGGGUGACUUGUUCUGGUGGUAGGGGUGUCUUCAUGACUUGUAACUAUGACCCUCCUGGGAAUUUCAUUGGAGAAAAGCCAUACUGAAUGGGAGAUUACUACCAAAGAAGGGUAUUUUAUUGGUGGAGUUUUGGGUUCACCAUCUUGUGCAGAGUUGGCCUGAACCAUACGACAAGUGGUCGGACUGUUGUAUCCUGGAGGGGACAAGUCAUA